UCCGGAGUCGCCAUGGCGACCGCGGGCGGGGGCCCCCAGGCGGCCGAGAUGAAGGUGAUCUACCACCUGGACGAGGAGGAGACGCCCUACCUGGUCGAGAUCGCCGUGCCGGCCGAGCGCCUCAACCUCGGCCACGUCAAGGCGACCCUAGCCCGGCCUGGCGCCAAGUACUUCUUCAAGAGCAUGGACCAGGACUUCCGGGUGGUGAAGGAGGAGAUCACAGAGGACAGCGCUCUCCUACCCUGCUUCAAUGGAAGAGUUGUCUCCUGGCUGGUGUCUUCGGAGGUCCUCCCAUCCGAACUGCCACCUCCCGCUCCAGGCAAGGUCUGUCAGGAGCCUUCUCCCCCACCUCCUCCCACCUCCUCUGUUGCCAGUAUAAAAGACCAGCGGCAUCGGCAAAUCCCUCCUUCCUUCCAGUGA